CUGUCAUAACCUCAAAUUAAUGCUCAAAAUUGUACGGAGCUGUGUGUUGUAUCCGUUGUAUUUGACUGGCUAGUGCCUAUGAUCACCAAAAUUCUUUAACCGUUUUAAUGCUUGAUUAGAGCGUGUUCGGAGGGAGUAAGUACUAGUCAAAAACAACCUGUACCAUGGCAGUAUACCACGACGAAGUGGAAAUCGAGGAUUUCGAAUACGACGAAGAGGAAGAGAUGUACUACUACCCCUGUCCGUGUGGGGACCGGUUUCAGAUUAGCAAGGAGGAGCUAAUAGACGGGGAAGAAGUAGCAACCUGUCCCAGCUGUUCUUUGGUUGUGAAAGUUAUCUACGAUCGAGACACUUUCCAAGCCGAACAGGACCAGACGGAAAAGGCGAAGGGAGAUAGGGAUAAAGAAGUUACGUGUGAGUAGCGAGCGUGGAUAAAAAUUUUGUUAGUUUUAUAAAAUAAGAAUUGUUAGCGCUAUUCGUGUAAAACAAAAAUAGGUCUAUUACGUUAGAUAUUUCCAUUCGACAUUAAAUUAUCUCUUGAGAGGAGAAACUAAUA